AUGGCGGGGUCCGUGGGUCGCGACCGCGCCUUGGAAGCAACCGCGGAGAGCGCUCAGCUUGUUGCGCAGCCAAACCCCGAGUAUGCGCCUCCGCGUUCCCAAGUGCAGGCUCGUCGUGCUGCGUCGGCGCCCGUGCGCCGUCUUGAGCGCGGGUUGUCUCGUCCGCUGCGCGGGGCGGAUCGUCACGCGUCUCCUGAGCAAUCCCGUGCUCCCCUAGUCGUCGCGUCGAAUGCCUUGCCGGCGCGUCAGGAGCGGGGCCGGUCCCCGCCGCCUCGUGGAUAUCGACCCGCGUCCCCUGCGCGUCGCGCCCCCGAGCCGCAUGACUCUCGGCGGCGAUGGGACGAAUAUCAGCGGGAAAUUCAGCAUCGCGACCGCCGCUACCGCUCUUCUGAGAGGUCGCCGGAGAAGCGCUCCCCGCGGGAGCGGUCCCCUCCGCAGCGGACGCCGCGGCCGUCGCCUCCGCGUUGGGGCCGCGGGGCUCAUGCGGGCCGUUGGGAUUCUCGCCGCCGUGAGCAGUCCCCGCCCCGUCCUCAGUCGGCUGGGUUUGGAGGGCGUCGUGGGCGGCGGAAUGGUUAUGCGCGCGGCGGGGGUAGUCGUGGCCAGGGCUCCACUGCUGACCGCGCGGGGAAUAUGGUGGCGGAUGCAGUGCGGGAGGUGGAAGCGUCGGGGGCAGCGGCUCACGUUCACGUGUCUGUGACCACUGAGCCCCCCACCGCACCUGUUGCGGUUGAAGCCGCUCCGCUGCGCGCUCCGACCUUGCGGGAGUAUCUGCCAGCUGCAGCGGCGAGGGGGCCGUUCCGCGGACGCCGCCAAGCCCCAGGUUACCCUGCUCGUCAGAAUACGGUUGGCCAGACUCCGGGCCAGGUGGCGAUGUUUCUGCCGCGCGGAGUUCUGACUGCGCCCCUCCCCAGCCGCGCGGGGAGAGAUCCCACGCUGAGCAUGUGCCGGAUGUGGAAUUUGGCGGGGGCGGCUGAGGGGCUGGCGAGCCUGCAGCUGGCGGCGUACCCCACGUACAUGAUCCGGGCCAUCCCCGCGAACGCGAGUGACAACAUAUACUGCACGCUGCUGGCGCACGGGGCAGUGCACGGGGUGAUGGCCGGCUACACCGGCUUCAUUGUGGGCCCCGUCAACAACCGCCACUGCUACAUCCCCAUCAAUAAGAUAACACAGAAGCCCAACAGCAUCUCUCUCACUGACCGCAUGUGGGCGCGCCUCCUAGCCGCCACCUCACAGCCCUCCUUCCUUCGGAUCGACCCCACCGCCACCACUGCCACCGCUGCCACCACUGCCGUUUCUUCUGGUGCUGAUGGUGCUGCGGCUGGGUCGUCUCAGGCGCCAGGAGGGGGUGUGAUUGAGGGGGAGUAUGGGGAGGUGGUCUUGGGGGAUGUGGGGUUGGCGGCGAGUUAUGCUCGGGACGAGGAGGAGGAUGGUGCAGGGGUGGUGCGGAGUGUGUUGGAAGAGCUUGGGGAGGACAUGGGGAUGGAUGAGUUGGAUGUGGUGGUUGGGGUUGGAAGGAGCGGGUAUGCUGCUUCACAUGCAGCUGCUUUUGAAACAGAUGAUGAUGAGGCAGCAAAAAACGCUGGGGAUGGAGUGGAGGGAGAGGUGGAGAUGUAUCAGAGCGACGUGAACAACACAACAUUCGUGCACUACGUGCGCACAGUGGUACAGCCCAUGAUGAUCGAACUCAAGAGCAUGGUCGACUCCAAGAUAAGGCUGGAGUUGAAGGUGGGGAGGAACAACAGCAAGGAGAGGGGCAUAGUGGACGAGUCCAGGAAGCUCAAGGCCACCACACUCGUCGUCGGCACCAGCUCAAGAGGCAUCUUUGGCAUUCGCGGCCGUACGGGAGUGGGGGCGUAUUGCAUGAAGAACCGCCCCCCAACAGUGUCCGUCUACGUGGUGCUAAAGGACAAAGUCACCGCGUGCAGAGAGGCCGACUCCCUGCCCGGCUCCUCCUCCUCCGCGCCCACCAGCCCCGGUCACUUGCUUGUGGCGUCAUCAGCACCGUUCCGCCACAGCCCGUCCAUGUCCGCGCACCACCAGUCCGACCGCUCCUCCACACGCAGCUCGUCGGGGGUGCUGGAGCCCACCAACGGGCUCGGGUCUGACGAUGCAGAAGAUGAUGAAGCCGCAAGAACCAAUGGCGCGCAUCCACCUGGCGCCGACUACCCCAGCAGCCCCAACGUCCACACCGCCCCACAGCCCUCCCGAACCGGUACCUGGCCUCACGACCAUGCUGGUGCUACCCUUACCACACCCGACGGUAUAGCCGGCUUCCAAACCUACUCCCCAGGCUUGUCCGUUCCUCACGGCAUGCCAGGGGCCUCCCCGAUUCGGAAUCCUGGGGACGGGGGCGAUUUGGACUCCAUGAUGCAGAUGAGAAUGCAGCAGCUGCAGCUGCAGAACCAGCAGCAGAUGCUGCUACUGCAACAGCAGCAGCAGCUGCAGCAGCUGCAGCAGCAGCAGCAGAUGCAGCUGCAGCAGGUGCAGCAGCGGCUACAGAGAGACUAUCUAGCAGAGGUGGACGCGUGGAGGAGGGCGAACCCCCAGGCGACCCCAGAGCAGCAGCAGGCAUUCAUGGCUGACCUAGAGGCGCGUAUGGCUCAGGCCACUGCAGCCCUAGCAGGCAUGCCGCUCUAUGACGCCGCUGCCAGACUCGGUGGUAACCAGCAGGCUCGGCCCGAGCCUGGGGGCUCGCCUCAGGUUGCCGUGGCACAGGGAGUGGCUCGGGAGGCGGAUGCAGCUGCGAGGAUUGGACAGAUGGCUGUAGACGCGGAGAGGGCGCGGGCAGCCGCGGAAGAGGGGAGGAGAGCAGCGGAAGAGGAGGUGGGGAGGCGAGAGGGGAGGGGGGAGGAGGUGGAGAAGGGGGCGGGUGGUGGAGGAGGAGCGGCGGGGGGAGGGGAACCGGUUGCGCCAGUGGUGCGGCGGGUGCAUCACUACAGGGAAUACUCCCUCCCCCUCUCCCCCGGGCUUACCCCCCUCUUCGGAGCUCCUGUGCACCCCCCUCCCACCCCUCCUGUGCUGUCAAUGGCAGCAACGGACAACUUCAGUGCGGCGCGCAAGCUGGGCGAGGGAGGGUUCGGCACUGUGUACUCGGGCACGCUGCACCACACGCCCGUGGCCGUGAAGCUGCUCAAGAGCCAGGACUCCAUUCAGGCCAUGGCGGAGUUCCAACAAGAGGUGGAGAUUCUGAGUCAGAUACAGCAUCCGCACGUGCUGAUGCUGCUGGGGUGCUGUCCCGAUCGCUACGUGCUCGUCUACGAGUACCUCGCCAACGGCUCUCUGGAGGACCGCCUCCUGCGCCUCCACUCCACGCCCCCCCUCCCCUGGUUCGUCCGCAUACGCAUUGCCGCCGAAAUCGCCUCCUCCCUCCUCAUCCUGCACACCCGCCCCGUGCCCAUCGUGCACCGCGACUUAAAGCCCGGGAACAUUCUGCUGGAUAAGAAUUUCGUCGCGAAGUUAGGGGAUGUGGGGUUGGCUAAGCUUAUGCCGGGGCUGUCUAUGGAGAAGACGUGCGACCGCGAGUCGACCCCGGUGGGGACGUUCGCAUACGUGGACCCGGAGUUCCAGAGAACGGGGGAAUUCGGCCCGAAAUCCGACGUGUACGCGUUCGGCAUCGUCCUACUCGACCUCCUCACAGGCCGCACACCCGCUCUGUACGAAGCCUUGGAAAUCGCAGUGGAGAGUAACCGCAACGACGAGCUGAUGCGGUUCCUGGAUGCGGGAGCCGGCACGUGGCCGCAGGGCAUGGCAAUGGAGAUAGCCAAGCUGGCGAUUCAGUGCAGCGAGAUGAAGAGGCGCAAGCGGCCGGACCUUGAGACGGAGGUGAUGCCGAUUCUGGACAGGAUGCGGAGCGUGGCGAUCAAGGCGGAGGAGGAUGUGAAGAAGGCGUCGCUGGUCCGGCCCGUGGCUGCUGCUCCUCCCUGCCUCUUCUGCCCCAUCACUCAGGAGCUGAUGGUGAAUCCAGUGAUAGCAGCAGACGGCCACACUUACGAGCUGGUGGCGAUACAGCAGUGGUUGGAGAAGAGCGAUCGCUCGCCCAUGACCAACGUGCGCCUGCCCUCCAAGGCCCUCGUGCCCAACCGCGCUCUCAAAUCCAUGAUCCUCGACUGGCACGAGACGGGAGGGUCGGGGUAA